UCUCUUUCAUUUUCAUUAUAGACCUUAUGAGAACUGAAUCUCUCAAUUUUCUCUCCUCCUCACACUUUCCAAGGUCAAGGUAAGUGAUAUAAACACUUCACUAGUAAGAUUUUUCCUCAAGAACAUGAAAUCUUACCCUCAAUCCAUCUUGGAUUCUUGAAUCAAGGUUUUCUUUUAGCAAAGUUCAAGUGAUGAAUUCUUAGUAAAACAGCAACCAAGGUGAGAAGGUUCCUUCUAAUCAUAUAUAUGGAUUCAAAUAAGUAUUUUAAAGUGCUUUCGAUAAGGACUCAAGGAACGGUAAUAUGAAGCUGUGAGUCCAAACUUUGUGACUCAUAUGAGAUGUGUAAGGGGCAGUUUUGUAUGUUGUGGUGUAUGGAAGAUGUUGUUGACCUCGUAAGGGGAUUUGUGUAUUGCGAUAAGUUAAAAUAAAGGAAGGGUGUCGUGAAACACCAUUAUGAAAGGGCCUUAAAACCUCACGCCCACCAAAUGUUCGACGAAUUGUCCGAAUGGCUUGCGUAGUGUUUGAUUGCUAACACGAGGCUUCUUUUAUUGUUAUUAUUAUAGAUGGAAGAUGUAAAGGAGCAUCUUGAUCGUAGUAUGACAACUAUUAGGAACGAGGUUAUAAUAUCACAGGUUAUCAUUACAGAAGAGAAUUUAAAAUUACAAUACGAAUCAAGGAUAGAGAAAAAGGGGAGAGACUUAUUGGAGGUUGAAAAUGAACCAAAAAAGCAAAAGACAAAAGGAAUUAUUAAAGAAAAGGGAUCUGCUGAUGUCUCAUUGGAUAACUUGAAAGACUCCGAGGAGGAUAAACAUAUCAUUGAUGGUGUUAAGAAAAGACUGGAUUUGGUCAGUUGGAUGAAACCCUUUAUCCAUCACUUCCCAAGGCUGGCAUAUCUCCAAAUUCCAUUCAGACACUAUUGCUCGAAACUAUGUAUUGACUUCUCUGUGAAGAGUCCAUUCAAUUGGUCAGUUCGAAUGUUCACCGCCUUGUUAUGGAGCGGACAUCAGAACAAACUUUUAAGCUCUUCAAAAUCCAUGAGCGUGAGCUGGGGAACAAAUACAAUUAUGUUGUUAGCUUGUGGGGAAGAGUUCGUGAUUUACAGUUUUUACAAUGUUUUGCCAAAUACCUUUUUCUCAAUUGUUUUGCGAGAUAAAUAGCACUUGGUGCACUAUCAUUCCAACCUCUAUGGAAUCAGAAGCGGAGCUAGAUCAUUACUUAUGGGUUCGGACGAACCCAGUAAUUUUGCUUAGAUCUUGUAUUUGUAUUAAAAAUUUCAUUAAAGUUGUAUGGAUAUCUAAUUGUGAACCCAGUAAACAAGACUAGCUAUGGAUUCAGUGACAAGUUCAGAACCCAAAAGAUUCAAAUUUUGGCUCUGCCUCUGUGUGAAAGGAUUUGUUUCUUAUUUCAAUCUCAUUGAUAUGCAUUUGCUGCAUAAGUUAAAACGAUAUUUUUCAGAAAUAGUUUGAUCUUGUUGGUUUUCGUUGUCUUAAAUUUAGCCUGGUUAUGAAACCUUCUAGCCAAUUUAUUUCAUGUUAUGGGUCCCUCCUAGAUUUCAACUGUCAGUGGGGAACUGUGUUAUAUGGAUGCCUUGAGACUUCUCCAUACCUUAGAGGAUGCAGCAAAAGGGUUAGCAUCUUUUGUUUGUUGUGUGACAAUCACUGAUGUGCUGCACUGCACUUACCCCCUACCUGAUGACAUCCUUAUUGUUAGUCUUGUACUUACAUGUGUAACCAAUUUGAGAUAGUACAUUGAAUACUUUAUUUCACUGCAUAUGGGAGCCACAAGUGUAUAUGAUAUUUUACUGAGGAUGAUGCUUAGCAAACAUUAAGCAACUUUAAUUUGGCAUGCAAAAGUGUCUUCACUUUUCACUCAACAAGUGUUUCUCUCCAUUUGCUUGCUAAAAAGAUCUUAUCUAUUAUGCAGGUUCGUAAAUUAUGUUGAUACUACUCUAGACAGUCUCCAAUCAAACAUUGCACCCGGCAGAGGAAUGUUAAAGUCGAGUUUGACAUGAUAAUAUAUGAUACCUGCUUUCCUAGUUGUUUUCUUUGUUCUUUGGCUUGUUCUAAUUAAGCCUAGAAGAGCCAAGCAUAAGAUCUAGUAUUAUUGCAUCUGAGUUUUUGCACUGUACCAUCAAGUCUUAGUUUUCAUGUUUGUUGCUAAUUACUGUAAUUGUGGUCAGUGAAUGCCUCAAUACUGUGUAAAUCCGAACAAUGAUCUCACAGGCAAGAGAAAGGAAAUGCAUUGGCUCGAUGAAUGAUUUAAUUUGUA